AUGUCCGAUAAUUCAGCUUACUUGGUUCUCGAAGUCCCUAUAUUCACAUCACACAAAGCAGUAGCCGUUUUGGUAAAAAAUGUUCAGAACCUUGAAACGAUAAAGAAAAACCUCAUACAAGGGAACAGAGAGUAUGAUUAUGCAUUCAUAAAUGCCAAGAACAUUGUUUGUAUGGAACAGCUGUAUAGUGCCUACUACAAAGUUAUGCAGAGUUUCCAUUACGAAACGAUGAAAUCCAAGUCUCUUCAUACUGAAAUAAUUUAUGCUCUAUCCCCAUUCAAAAACAUAAUGGAUUGCUUAAAUAAGUUUGGAAUAUCAAAACAGAGCGAUGCAUUAGUGGUUCUGAAAAUAAUGAAAACUGAAGAGGCUAACAUAGAAUAUUUUGAGUCAGAACUGGCGAACAUCAAAACUGUCGUUAAUGGCGAUUUUGUUGAGCUAAAUGAUGUAAAUCUUCAGACUACUGCAGAUAUAAAAUCUAUCGUAAAAAACUAUAAGUGCAAAGUUGAUCAAACCCAACCAGAAAGCGAUUGGGGCACCAUAACCAGAAAUCUGGUUUCCAUUAUACAGCUCAAAGGUUUAUAG